AUGACAUCGGUAUCGAUCGUGAAUGGCACGAAUGCAAACAACAACAACAACAACAACAGCCACAAUACGGUAGCGUCCAAACGAACCCACUGCAAGAAGCGAGUUGUUCGGUUCGAUGAACGAUGUCGGGUACGACCCAUUCGCAAACUUCAUACCUUGGAACCUGCCGUGCGGGAACAGCUAUGGUACAAUCGAGAGGAACUCAAGGCCAUUCGAAAGGAUUGUCGAAACAUUAUGAAGGAAGCUCUGCGUCAGUUGCAAAAGGCACAUUUGCAAGAGAAAGAAAAGAUGACGAUGAACAACAAGAAUAACAACAACAACAAGUCUACCAAGAAACAACAACAACAACAGAGUAAGGCAAAGCACUUGUUUCCACCUUCGGCCUUUCGAGGAUUGGAAAUGUUUCAUCCCAAAAUGUCCUUCAAGAGAGAGGGACGCCGGCAAGAUCAAUGGGAAAUUGUUCUCACGGAACAAGCGCAGCAAGACAUGGCUCGAACAACCAAUACAAACAGAACAAUGACAAGUCUCCAAGAUCAAAAUGAUACUGCUGCUGCUGCUGCUGCUGUUAGUGAUGAUUCGUCGUCGUCCUCUGACGCUCCACCACCAUCAUCAUCGUCAUCAUCACCACAGAGCAACCAACAACUUCCAAGAGACGAAGACCUCCUGAAAUUGGCAGAGAUAUCUGUCAAGACCUCACAGGUUGCCAUCAAGGAAGCCCACAAACGUGCUCUUCGAGAUCAACAAGACUUGCUUCAUCCUCCCAAGAAAUGGAUGCUCCCAUGGCUAUUACUCGAAGAAGAAACACACCAGGCAGCAUUAUUGGUAGAGCAGCAGCAGCAACAACAGCAGCAACCAAUAUUGUCUUCGCCAGCAUCACCAAUGGCUGCCAUUACCAAGCGCAUCGUCGAGGGUACCAAACUGGAAAAGCUCUUGUCGCGGAAAUCACAACCAUCACAACAACAACAACAAGAAGAAGACAACACCACCUACAUUAGUAGUAGCCCCACCAAAAGUCCCAAACAACAAGGGCGGUCGCGGACCGUAUCCUCCGCCACGAUUUCCACAUUAAAUCUGAGAACCAUGGAAUGA